CAAGAGGGUGUCAUGACUAAAUAAGUCUCGUUGCCAUUGGCAACUGCUCGGUCAUGUGGUUCUAAACCCGCGUAACAUAAAAACAAAUACGACUCGAGUCACACAAUCGAUUUCAUUUUUUGUGAACUCGCCAAUGCGUUGCCACCUGCUCACAGCCACGGUCUGUUUUGAGUCGUAGCUUGUAGCGCGCACGCCAAACUAGCGAGGAGUGUGAUACCAAGUAUCUUUCUACCCGUUUCCAACAGAGAAAGGCUUCAUCCGUUUUCUUCAAGGAUGGGUGCCACACUUUCCAUUAAUCGGAAAGAUUUGCUCCACGAAUAUUCCAUAUGGAAUCUCAAAGCUCGCGAGAGCGCCAAAUCGUACCACUGCAAGUACUGUUAUCAUGUCACUAGCGACGUCCAUGCCAAAGAGAACAAGGCGCCGCAAACGACGUGUGACGCGCUUGCCGCGUACCUCCACAAAUGCGCCAAUGUAGGCAAGAAGAAGAUGAAGUCCAAAAUCGAACCAGCACCGGCGAAAUCUAACAAGCCUAAGGAAAGCGAAACAGAGAAAACCGACGCAGCACCGCCGGUUCUCGGGCAGAACCGAGAAGUUAAACUGCCAAUCACUUCGACAGACUCCAAGCAAGUUGUCAGCGAGGUCGUUGCUGUUCCUUCUACGAAGGCCAAACAGCCGAUUUCUUCGUUUAUGAUCAGCAGCGACGCCCUGCGCUGUCUUGGAAACUUCGUCCGCUGCCACUGCAAGAAUAUAACGCGAUUCCGCGCGUCAGAAGUGAUUUUAUGGCUGCGAGGAGUUGACAGGGCGUUACUCUUGCAAGGAUGGCAGGAUCAAGCUUUUCUGACACCACCCAAUCUUGUCUUCUUAUUUAUGCUGCUUAAAGAAACUCUGUCGGACAAAAUCCCAAACCAAGCUCAGUUGCGCGCGGAAAUUUUAACAUGCCUCUACAUGGCAUACACGUACAAUGGCCCGGAAAUAAGCUACCCGUUAAAGCCAUUUCUCGUGGAUGGAGACCGGCGAGCGUUCUGGGACCGAUGUAUGCUUAUAACAAACAACUUGAGCGAUAAAAUGCUCCAGAUGAACAGAGAGCCGAAAUUCUUUGGUGAACUCUUGGUGGAAUUAAAAAAUUACAGUGGAACUGUCAUUGACAGAAGAGAUGGCUAGGAAAAAUAUACCGAGCCCUUUGCUUAUUGGAAACUGAAGUGUUCUUCUGGCUUCAAAAACUAAGGGGUAAAUAAUUUUCGUGACCAAUACAAACUACAAGGUAAAAAAAAUUGAAUCGGGCUAGAAUUAAAUGUAGAGUAUAUUCUAAAUAACUUUGAGGAGGUUUCAAUACUAACAAUGUGCGUCGCUUUUCAUCAAAACUAAACUUCCCUCUGUUUUGAAACAUUGCAGCUGAUUUUCUACAGUUCAUAACUAAUUCAGUGUGUCUUGGCUUUGAAAAAUUACAAUAGCACAGUAAACAAGACGCUGCAAAACUACCACUCCUGACCUUCAAUGCAUUUGGGUUUUUGCCUGUUAAUUUUUCCGGUCAAAUAAUUCAGCGUAGAGUGAAUCACCUUGCCGAGGAUGGACGACUAAUGGGGAAAAACUGUGCGGUUUCUUUCGUUUAUAAAUAUGAAAUGAAAGUCAAGUUUACCUAGUUGAAACGCGCUACAUCCUUCUUGAUAAUUCUUUUUUUGAAAAAGUAAGUUGUUUUGAGCGAUAAAAGGAGUAGCUCGCAAAACAUAGAUCGCCGAUGUGUAUGUAAAAUAGAGAUUUUAUUCAAAACAAAAGAAAAUGAUGAUUAAAAUGUUUAUUUAUAACAAAA